UGUAGGCUAUUUGUAGCUAGCAACAGCAAAUCUCACAGCAUCAGAGUACCAUCACCUAAGAUAACACUGAACAUUUUAUCAUUUCAGAAGUUUGACCUAAGAAUUAGGAAAGAAUUCCAAUUUCAAACAUUGUAUUGAAGACUACAGUGCAAAAUGGCUGACAAGAGUUUUAUAUUGGGGAUGGACAUUGGAACGACUUCAGUAAAAGUUUGUGUUUACGACCCAAAAACAAAAGAAAUUGUUGCUAAACAAAAUAAGGAUACAGCGGCAAACAUACCGAGCGACCAAGGUAUAGAGGGUAACAAACAAGAUGUGCCAAAAAUAGUAUCAGCUAUUCAUUACUGCAUCUCGCGACUUCCUAGGGAUAUACUACGAAGUGUAACAAAAAUUGGAGUGUGUGGGCAAAUGCACGGAGUCUUGUUAUGGAAGAAAGGCGCCUGGGAGAAAGUCGAAAAAGAUGGAGUAGUGAUGCGGUUCGAAGCAACGAGAGAAAACAUGUCAGCAUUGUAUACUUGGCAGGACACUAGGUGUAAACCUGAAUUUCUGGAAUCAUUGCCUAAACCUGAUUCGCGUCUAAAUUGCUACUCUGGAUAUGGAUGUGCGACUCUCUUAUGGAUGCUUAAACACAAGCCUGAAAAGCUGAAAAACUUUCAAUAUUCUGGAACAGUUCAAGAUUUUGUGGUUACUAUGCUUUGCGAUUUAGACGUCCCAGUAAUGUCUGAUCAAAAUGCUGCGAGUUGGGGAUAUUUUAAUACUGAAAAGAACGAAUGGAACAUCGAUAUUCUAAAAUCAGUCGAUUUUCCAGUGGAGCUUCUACCUAAAAUCAGUAAAAGUGGGGAAAUUGCGGGAAAAUUGAACGCCGCUUGGAAUGGCAUUCCCGAGGGAACACCUGUAAGUGUUGCUAUGGGCGACUUACAGUGCUCUAUUAUUGCUACACUUGAAUCGAGAGAUGAUGCAGUACUAAACAUAUCAACGUCUGCUCAGUUAGCAUUCGUAGUAGAUGACGUAUCAGAUUUAGGCUGUAAAACAGUCGAACACUUGCCUUAUUUUAAUAACACGCACUUAGUUGUAGCCGCGUCUCUAAAUGGAGGCAAUGUUUUAGCUACUUUCGUGAAAAUGCUUCAACAAUGGAUGCUUGAGCUAGGUUUUCCUACUCCUCAGUCCAAGGUAUGGGAAAAACUAAUUGCUUUGGGUUUGGAAGCUAAAACAUCGAAUAUGCAAAUAAUUCCACAUUUGUUAGGAGAAAGACAUGCACCGACUGCGAAAGCUUCAGUGGAAAAUAUCGAUCUUUCUAACAUCCAAUUGGGGAGCGUGUUUAAAUCUCUCUGUGAUAGCUUGAUACAAAAUUUACAUCACAUGAUGCCUAAGGAAAUAUUGCGAAACGCGAAUGUAAAACGCAUUGUCGGAAAUGGUUCUGGUUUAUCUAGAAACGCUGUAUUGCAGAGAGCUGUUGAGCACUAUUACAGUUUGCCACUAGAAUUUACUUCAGGGGGUGAUGCAGCGAAAGGGGCUGCUAUCGCAAUCAUGUAGUCAGUAGUUUAUUAAUUGUUACAUUAUUCAACUAUAUUGAUUUUCGUUUUAUAUUAAUUAUUGCUCUCUUUGUUCUAGAGCGUAUUAAAGUAGGAAUGUUCUAAGUCGUAACAUGUAGCUUCAAAGCGUAAUGUAAUUAUUAAUUUAACGGUAAGGUAAUAAAAUAUGGAUAAAUUUGCCAAAAUGUAUCCACAUUUUGGCAAAGAACAUCGGGCAUUUUUGUAUGGGACACUUACCUACGGCGAACAAAAAUAAAAUUAGGUACGGUGGAUAGGCAAUUAAAUCUAGUUCACAAUGGUAUAGUUCCCAUAUCUGUGGGUCGUGGCAAUAAGGAGAAAUUGGACAUUUAAAAAAUAUUUAUAAAUGUUUUUGGGCAAUAAUUGAAGAGGAAAAAGGGAAUCAAAAAUAAUUAAAACAACAUAUUUUUCUCUUAACUUUUGGCGAAGGACUGCGAUGAUGAUGACGAAGGACUGCGAUGUAGUAAGAUAAGCUAGCUACCUGCGCGAGCGCAACAUAAUACCAGUUUUAAGACUAUGGGCGAGAGUGAGAACGAAAUAUGCACAUCAACUUGACGGAUUUAGUCUGAUUGGGUUUAUAAAAAUACCACGGAGUGAUAUUUUAACUUACUGAGCGGUCGUUUAGUAAUUAGGAAAAAUAGUCAACUUAAAAUAUCAUUUUCAUUUUACUAAUUAUUUCCAUUUUCCCAUUAUUGUGAAUCAAAAUAACUACACAAUAUUAAAUAUGAUUGCAAACACUAUCAUUUAAAAAUAUUUUGGUUUAUGUUCGCGACUUUUAAAAAAUCGGGUAAAAAACGCCCGAUGUCCUUUAUCCAUAUUUUUUCCAAAAUAGUUUUUGAGCUUUUUGAUCUGUAUCAUUCCAAUUAAUAGCAUAAUUAAGGCACAAAGGUGAAAUUAUAAGUUUGGGCGGUAUUUUUUCCUUUUAAAAUGAAUUUUACAGGCUACUAGGUUUUCACCUAAAUAACUGAAAUCAACUUUCCAUUGUGUAUUGUGUUAUUUUUUGUACUUUUGUUAGAUUUUAUUUAAUAAAAUAUACGUAUUUACAUUUGAAAUGAACAA